UUGGUACGCCAUAUUGUAAGAACUUGUGACCGAAAGAAUUUUUUGAGGGUGGUAAACUAUUUCAGUAGGUAUGCUGAAAAUAAGGGUAAAUAAAUCUUCUGCAUGAAAAUAUCGGCAUUGUUAAUGAUAAAAGGCUAUAUUUUUAUGUGAGGAAAUUAUACCUUAGCAUCAAAAUGAGUUUCUUCGGAUUUGGCCAAAGUGCUGAAAUUGACAUCGUUUUAGAUGGCACGGAAAAUAGAAAAAUGGCAGAUAUUAAGUCCGAAGAUGGAAAAAAAGAACGUCAUUUGUUGUAUUACGACGGUGAAACUGUUUCCGGAAAGGUGAACGUGACCCUGAAGAAACCGGGCUCGAAGCUGGAGCACCAGGGCAUCAAGAUAGAGUUCUUUGGCCAGAUCGAGCUGUACUACGACCGCGGCAACCACCACGAGUUCACUUCGCUGGUGAAGGAGCUGGCCCGGCCGGGCGAGCUGUCGCAGAACAUAUCCUAUCCGUUCGAGUUCCUCAACGUGGAGAAGCCCUUCGAGUCGUACACAGGAUCCAACGUUAGGCUGAGGUACUUCCUGCGCGUCACACUGGUGCGCAGGCUGUCGGACAUAGUGAAGGAGAUGGAUCUGGUGGUCCACACGCUGUCCUGCUACCCUGAAAUGAACAACAGCAUCAAGAUGGAGGUCGGGAUAGAGGACUGCCUGCACAUAGAGUUCGAGUACAACAAGUCCAAAUAUCAUUUAAAAGAUGUGAUUGUUGGAAAAAUAUACUUUUUACUAGUAAGGAUAAAAAUUAAACACAUGGAAAUUGCAAUUAUCAAGAGAGAAACUACAGGAUCAGGCCCCAACACCUUCACGGAGAACGAGACCAUCGCCAAGUACGAGAUAAUGGACGGGGCCCCUGUGAAGGGCGAGAGCAUCCCCAUCAGGGUGUUCCUGGCGGGGUACGACCUCACCCCCACGAUGCGCGACAUCAACAAGAAGUUCUCGGUCAGGUACUACCUGAACCUGGUGCUGAUGGACGAGGAGGACCGACGAUAUUUCAAGCAACAGGAGAUCACGCUGUGGCGCAAGGGGGAGAAGACCCGCAAGACGCUGCAGACGUCGUCCGCCACCUCGCCGCAGAUGCAGCACAUGAUGCAGCAGCUCGACGGGGACCGGGACCGGGACCGGGACCGCGAGGAGGACAGGGCCCCGGGGCAGCCCGUCGAGGACAUGACGCGCGAGGAUGAGGGGCAGGCGGCCGGCGGGGAGGUGAUAGGCGGCGAGUGACGCCCGUCCCUGUACGCACGAUAGUCCACGCUCCAUUCCCGCGGGUCACGCCUCGUGAUCGUUCUUACGAAAUAGCCGGAGGGAGGAUUAUUUUCAAAGGUGUGUCGUCACCUUUUUUUUUUUUUCAUUUUGUGCAAAAGGAUUUUUUUCGUACGGUGUGCACGAUGUGUCGGCCAUCUUGCUGCUGUCUGUGCACCUGUUUUUUGUGUACAGAAUUGCCUGCGGUGUUAAAUUAAUUCCGCACGGCAGAUUUUAAGUACGGUAGUGUGUGUCUGUGAGGUGAUGCCGUCUAUGGAAAAUCGGCAGAGAGACGUGUUUGGUACCGGUUUGCAGUAUUGUUUUGUGCAAACGGUUGUGGUAAUUUACACUUAAGUAAAAUUGUUUCCAAGUAAAUGCUUUAUUUGUGUUGUUUGUUUUGAAAUAUCUAAUAAUUAUAGUGAUUGUUACCAAAUAUAUCUCGAAAGAUUUUGUAAUUUAUCAAGGACUUAAUUUCUCAGUAUGUUAUAAAUCAGUUAAAUUUAAAAAUAAUUAUUCCGACUUAAAAAGUAAAUUGCAUGAAUUAUUUUGUAUAUUUAUGUUUUAAAACACUUGGAUUGUAGUGAAGCGUCUAAAAAUUAUCUUAUAUUAUAAAAUGGUUUUGUCUUGAUUCGAUGUUACAUAAAUGCAGUGAACGAACAUGUUAUAGUGUUCUAACUGGACGAUAUCUUGCCUCCAUGUCAUGAACUUAAAAAUUUUUUUGUUGAACUUCAUGUCUGUACAUAACAUAAAUUUCAUACUAAACAUAAUGACAACAUUAUCCAUUGGUCAUCACACAAAUUAUAAAAAACUAAUAUAACUUAAAAGUUUAUAUAUUAUAAUUUAAUAAAUGAAUACACAAAUAGAAUUAUCAUUUAUUUCUUGAUGGGAAAUAAUUUUGGUGUAGUCAUUUUGUUGCAGAGUUGUAGUUUUUGUUCAUUAACAGGUAGCCAGUUUUAUUCAACACCCAUCAGAUUUUUUUUUAUUUAGCAGUAAACUCUUCUGUAUGUAUACUGAAAUUUUUUAUCUAUUAAUGUAAGGUUGUACUCUUGUUAUAACGGAGGGAAUAAGUGCUCAUAUUUAUGGAAUAAAAUGUGCCUACUUGCCACUGUUUGUCACUUCACUGUAAGCAGAAGUAGGCAGACUUUCAUACUGUUGGAAUAUAAACAUAUGUAACAAGCAUUAUGUAUAUUCUAGAGACAGGAUUUUAUGGUUUAAUUUUUGGAAUUUGCUGUGUUUAAGUUUUAUUUUCUUUAAAUAUAAAUUUAGUGUUUUUAUAAACCUUGCAACAUAAAUAGCCAAGCCAAAAUAUUUCUUAAUAGUGUAUCUCUAAAAGCUAUGACAUUAAAUGAAAUUCAGACAUUUUUUCAUGAAAUAGUUUCUAAUAUAAAUGUUUGUUAUAUUUACUUACAAGCAACAGUAAUUGGUAAUGAUGUAUGUGUUAAGUAUGACCAGGAAGAAUCUGUUACAGAGAAGUGCAUGUAUUACAGUUCCCUUUUAGUAUGUAGUGCAUACUAAAAAUUUCGCAUUGAUCAAAAUUCUUAUAAUUCAAGGAUAACAAUUUUGUAGUUAUUGUUUCUUUGAUUUUACUUUAUUUUGUUAUUUACUAUAUAUAAUGUUAUUUGGAUUUUGUUUCAGUUUUUCAUAAAAUCUUGUCUGUUGCUUACUUGGAAGGUGCCACUCGUAUGAAGAAUUUCUCUUGGAACUGUUUUGGUAAAUCUGCGAGUUUAAAAAAUUUAACACUGCAAAGUAGAUUACACAGAAUAAAAGUAUGUUAGUUGUUUCAAAUCCUAGAGAUGUUAACCUGCAACAAAAUUGAAUACCUCUGUGUCAGUUUUACUGUGUUGAUCACAAAUUGGGUUUCCCCACAGUCAAACUAAAGCAAUUUUUACAUCUCAUUAAUUUUUCCCCGUAAAAUAUUCUUUAUGAACAUUAUUAUAAAACACUGUAAUAAUAUUAUAAAUUAAUUUUAUAUGAUGCAGUGAUACAGCGUUGAUUCUUCAUCGUAAAAAUAAACCGGAGAUGUUGGACAGCUGAUUUAAUUUGAAAAAUUGACAUCUCAUGUACUCUGACUUGUAAUUGUAGGCAAAAGUGCAGAAAUGAAACACAUAAUUUGCAUGAACAUGUCUUGCUUGUUUAACCAGCUUGCUCAGGCUUUAAAGAGACAAUGUUGAACUAUGUGUUGUGGUCUCAUGUAGCCUGAGGAAGCACAGUGCGAUGCUCAUUGGCGCAAAAGUGGGAUGUCGUUUUCUCUGCACGUCUUUCCACAAGUAGAGUCUGUGACGGUGCUACUGUCCAUUUUUAAAAUUAAAAAUGCCCUACACAAGUUUUUUUGGAUAAUAUUGCUAGGGUUGUGCAAAUAUUCAGUAGCAUAAUGAACGUUACAAAAAUAAAUAGAGAAAACUUAUAUUUUAUUUUAAUAAAGACAGAAAUAAUAAUAUUUUUUUUUUGAGAAAUGCAAUAUUUGAGGGCCUAAUGACAAUUCAUUUAGUUUGUAUAAUAUUAAUAUUUAGUUAACAAUUUAAGAGUGUAAGAGAAAAAAAAUCAGUAUUUUAAAAUUAAAAUUUCUUUAAAAGAGCACUCAUCAUUCAAUUUCUAUAACACUUAGUUUUCUAGUACAGGCCAUUUCACAAAGGUUUACAAACCAAAUUUUACACUUAUUAAUGUAGCCAUACAAUGGGUAUUGUUAUUUUUGAAAUUGGUAAUUUUUAAAAAAUAAUAGACAAGUAUUUUUUGAAGAUAUGAUCCAAGAUCUCUAAUUUAAGAAAUUGCAUUAUUGCAUAAUAGCAUCCAAUUAAGUUAUUAAGCACUAUUACAUAGUUUGAAUAGAGUUCUGUAUGUUAGAGCAGCAAAAAGAUAAGAUCCCCCCCCCCCCCCUGCCCUUUCAUCUCAUGUUACUGCAUGUUGAUAAUUUUUUUCAGUGUCUAGAUUCAAGAAAUGAAGUCAUGAUGUAAGCAAUUAUUGUUGGUAGAAAUGGGUGCAAACUUUUUAAAAUAUAAUUUCAAAAGAAAAAGUUGAUUUUUAUUAAGUUGUUUUUUAGUGAGAUUUUUAGUUUUUAAGGAAGAAUUUAGUUCCAGUAGUGUUCAAAUGAUCAGAUGUACUAAUAAUAUUGUGUAUGUUUGAUUGUGGAGUAGGUAUGUAAUGUACAUUGAACCUCUUAUGUAUGUGUGUUUGUUUUUGUAGCAUUUAAUUUUUUUGAGCAACUGUUUCUAACGUAGGUACCUGUCUGCAUCCAUUUGUAAAAAAGAAAAGAAAAAGACAUUUCAACUCCAGGUAACAAUUUUGUAAAGUUAGUGUGUAAUAUCAAUCCAUAUUCGCCAUUUGUAUAAAAUUGUUUUUCUUUUUUUAUACCGAUAUUUCUCCGUGUAUAAUUGUAUAUUUGAAAACGGACCCAGUUAUUUUUGUUUACAUUGUUUGUGAAUAUAUAUAUUUCAUUAUGUAUAUAGUUACGUGUAACUUGUUUAUGAUUUGGGCCACCAUUAUAUAUUUUUUAAAGCAAAUUGAAGGCCAUGUGUUUGUGAACGGGAGAAGACUCGUCCCAUAUGCUGCAGACUACAAACUUAUAUAUUUGUACAUGCCAUCAUGCAAUCUUUAUUUUUCUUUGAGUGUAUCAUAUCUUUACUAAAUAUUGUAUAGUAAAUAUUUGUUUUAAAA